AUGGUUCUACUCAGACCAAAGAGCCAACACCCUCAAGGCGUUUUGACUAAAGAUUGUUUUUUGGAUGCUCUACGCUUGCAUAGAGCUAUCACAAGCCUGAAAGAUUACAAAGAAUAUUGUAUGAAAGAUCCUUUCACUGGCAAUCAGUGUGUAACAAUUACACCCUUGGAAAUCCAUUUUAAUCCAGCGUACUUAAAUAAUAUCGCCACUAAGCUAACAUCUGCCUACAGAAAUAAAUCUUAUCUUAUGUCAAAUAAUCGACCAGCAUAUUAUAACUUUCCUGCAAUAUUUGGCACAAGUCUUAUGAUAGAUCAACGUAGUGGAAAGAUUAAAAAGGCUGAUGCCCUGCAAAUGAUUUACGUCAUGAAAGAUCCAUCUAACGAUGCAGAAUACGAGAAAAUAUUGACAUUUGAAAAAGCUUUUCUAAACUCAGUCGUUAAACUAAGCAAGGAGUUUAAGUUUGUGGACGUGUUUUACAGCAGUGCUCGAAGUAUUGACGAUGCUGUUAAUGAGAGCUCGUUUUCUGAUUUAAGUUUGUUCUUCGUCACAUUUUUAAGCAUGAUCAUUUUUGCAUGUCUGGCUUCAGCAAAUUUUGUCAAACCUACGCAAGGACAUGCGUUAUUGGCUACUUCAUGUGUGAUUGCUGUUAGUUAUGGGAUAGUAUGUGGUUUAGGAUUUGGAAUGUGGUUAGGCGUACCAUUCAUAAGCAUCGUGGGAUUCCUGCCAUUCCUCAUCCUCGGUAUUGGACUUGAUGACAUGUUUAUUAUCGUAAACGAGUUUGAUAGGUUACCACGCGGCAUGUCUGUUGUGCGUUGUGUUAGCAUCGUUAUGACUAAUACUGGUUCGUCUAUUACCAUGACAACAGUUACCACAUUAGCUGCAUACGUGAUAAGUACAUCGACAACGUUUCUGGCAUUGCGUUACUUCUGUCUGUACGCGACUUUUUGUAUCACAUUCUCGUACUUGUUCGUUGUUGGUUUCUUCGUGGCAGCCUUGUCUCUAGACGGACGACGGAUUAAAACUGGAAGAUUAGAUUGCUUGCCUUGCUUAGCCGUCGAAGAGGAAGAGGAAGAAAAGCCAGCCCUUGACAGGGAAAGACACAAAAAGAGAAAGAAUAUAUUUUUGAUGGCGGACAGAAUUAUGAAGCUUUGGGCGGAAUUCAUUUUGCGUACUCCAUCAAAAAUUGUUGUUCUUCUUCUUUUAGUUGGAUGA